AUGGCUAAUUGUGUUGCAUUUUUGAUCAUUUGGGUAUUGACUUUUGCGAUCGCCUCGUCGAUGAACUUGCCGUUUGAGCCCGAUUGGCUCGUUGUCGACCCCAAGGACGAGAUGAUGGCGGAGCCGGAAAGUGUUCGACGGGUGCUAGCUGGAAGAGGCUACAUCAGCUACGGUGCGAUGCAGAAGAACAAUGUUCCGUGCAACCAACGUGGUCAAUCGUAUUACGACUGCAAAAGUAGAGGUAAAGCGAACCCGUAUAGUCGGGGUUGCAACGUCAUCACCAGGGUUCGGUAUUUUGAAUCCGUUUCUAUUUCGGAGAUCAAGAGAACAAGUAAAUGA